AAAAUAGACUGGUGUGUAUGUUGACUUGGAUGUUGGAUUCUAUUUUUGGACGCUUCAGACAUGUCACACCGAAAACACAAGAUUGAAACGGCGAAUAUAAAAUUUAUAGUUCAACCGAAGAGUAACACAGUUUCUUUGGACGGGUCUCUGUGUGUAAAUCAAUAACGUAAAGUUGUCCAAUUUUCUGUUGAUGUAAUCCACAAUUUAAAUUAAAAUAUUUUUGAAUCGAUACGGUGUACAUGCGGGUGACAUUUUGCCGUCCAAUCUCUUAUCCGAGAAAUGGGUCGCAAACGUUCAAAGGGAAAGGCAAAGAAUGACGUGGUGUUCAGUGACAACAUUUUCGAAACUGAUUUACUGGUGUGUGACCGUUCACCGGUUUAUGGAAGAUUUUUGAAAGCGAAAUCCAACAUUCAAAAGGGAACGAUAAUUUUAACUGAGAAAAGUCUCGUUGCCGGCCCGAAGAUAUUCGGUAAAAUGGCUUCAUGCAUCGGAUGCUGUUCUCACUUAAAAUCCCUUGAGUUCGCUUGCAACACGUGUUCGUGGCCAAUCUGCACAGAGAAGUGUCAGUACUCUGAAGGGCAUUCCGGAUUGGAGUGUAAAUUUUUCGCGGAGAAAAAUAUCAAGCCACCUGGGGUAAUGAACAGCAUGGACUAUGGAGCUGUUACAGUUCUCCGGACUUUGCUGUUGAAAAUCAACCAAUCCGUAGAUUGGGAAAAAUUUCUGUCCCUCGAACAUCACAACGAAGAUCGUAAAACGUUACCGCAUUGGAGUGACGAUCUUUCAGUAGCAAAAAUAAUUCGUGAACAGUGGAAUCUGGGCGAACUGUUUUCCGAAGAGGACAUUCAUAUCAUAUGCGGAAUCUACGAGGUGAACGGAUUCGAAUUGGGAGUGUUCAAUUCCAUUGCAAGCAUAUUUCCAACCUGUUCCAUGAUCACCCACAACUGUGUACCCAAUGCCGGUCAUUUCGAAAAUAUGACCGAUGGAACGUUGGAAGUGGUCAGCUUUGUUGAUAUUCCGAGAAAUGCACCGGUUACAAUGUGCUACGACUGGUGUUUAAAGGGAACUGAUGUACGAAGGAGACACCUCCUUAAAUCUAAAUAUUUCUACUGCUCAUGUGCACGAUGCAAUGAUCCGUACGAAUUCAACACCAACUUCAGCACAAUUUUGUGCAGCAAUACUGACUGCAGGAAUGGGUCGGUUGUGUCCACAAAAUGUGAUGGUCUGACCAACAUUGAUGCGGAUUGGAAGUGUAGAAAAUGUUCAAAAUUGUAUAAAGCUGCUGAUAUUCGAGCUAUUGUGGACAGAUACGAAAAUAUUGCAGAAACUUUGGAAACUGUUAAAGACAAAGAGAAAUUUUUGCUGGACUGCAGAACCGCCUUGCAUCCGAAUCAUUUUAUUCCGUUUUUGAUUAAGUUCAGUUUGUGUAUGGCCUACGGACAUGAUCCCGGAUACAAUUUACAUGAAAUGUCACAAUCGGACACCCAUCGCAAAUUGGAAUUGUGCCAGGAAGUUUUAAAAAUCUUGGACGUACUAUCACCCGGUUAUUCAACAUCCCGUGGUAGCAUUUUGUACGAAAUUCAAGCGGCCGAAGUGCUUUUGUCUAGGAACAUUCUCGAAUCGGGAAAAUGUUCGAAGACAUUGAUCCGGAAACGUUUGCAGAAUUCGUUGGAAAAGCUGGACGAGUCAAUUGCUAUAUUUGACUUGUCGUUCCCGAUGAGAAUGCUGGGAGAAUCGGCAAAAACGUCUACCAGAUUUGAGUUGAUCAGUUUUAUAAAAGCUUUGAAGUGAUUAAAGUUAUGAGAAAAAAGGGAAAUUCGAU